AUGAAAUCCUAUCCAAUAAUUGAGAAUGUGACUUUAUCUUAUUCAAAUAUUACGAAUGAAAUUUAUCCAUUAAUUAAAUCAAUUCGAUCAGAUUGGACAUCAUCCAAUACACGUUUGGUUACAUUCACUGAAGGUCUUACAAAUAUAAUCUUAGGUAUUUUUGAUAAUCGAACACCAGAUGAUGAUUCAAAUGCAUUAAUUAUUAAAAUCUAUGGUAUUCAAACAGAAUUAUUUAUUGAUCGACAAGCCGAAAUCAAUGCAAUGAUUAAAUUUCAUGAACAUGGUGUUUUUUCUCAACGUGUUCUUAUACAAUUUAAUAAUGGAAUUAUAUAUGAAUUUGCAUCUGGUAAGACAUGUUCAAGAGAUGAUGUACGUGAAGAAAAUAUUUCAAAAUUAAUUGCAAUAAAAUUAGCUGAAAUUCAUAAUAUACCUGUUGAUGAAACUGAACAACCAUAUAUAAUAUUAAUUAUACGUCAAUUUUUAAAAUUAUUAGAUAAAAAUUCAUUUGAUUUAACAUCAAUUCUAUCCGAUAUAGAUAUAAUAGAAGAACGUAUUUUACCUCGACUUGUUCAGAAUCCUAAACAUGGUAAAGAUCUUGUUUUAUGUCAUAAUGAUCUUCUUGUUAAAAAUAUUGUUUAUAAUGAUAAAAAUCAAACAAUAUCAUUUAUUGAUUUUGAAUAUACACAUUUAAAUUAUGCUUUAUUUGAUAUUGCAAAUCAUUUUGUUGAAUAUGCCGGUGUUGAAAAUGCAGAUUUUAGUAUAUAUCCAAGUUAUGAUGAGCAAAAAAAAUGGUUAAAAAUUUAUUUUCAAACUCGACAGUUGGAUCAACAAAUAAUUGAUGAUGAUUUAUGUCGACUUAUUGAGAAAUUUUCUGCGUUAGUAAAUUUAACAUGGGGACUUUGGGCAUUAGUACAAGCAAAAGUAUCACCUAUAGAUUUUGAUUAUGUUAAUUAUGCUAAAAUGAGAUUUGAUUGUUAUCAUAAGUUACGAUCACUUCUUUUUGAAAAUGCUUAA